GUUCCCAGACGCCAUUGCCCACCUUUUUCCCCGAGCACAAGGAAAGCACGCCAGCAAGAGAAGGAGCAGCAGAGGCUGCACGGCAGAAUUACCGUGAGCAAUUCGGAAGCCGCGCCGGAGCCCGGUCGAAUCGGGCCGCGGCGAGGGGAAAUGUCCGGCUUCGUCGGGGUCGUCGUCUCCGACCCCUCCCUGCAGGGCCAGUUCACGCAGGUGGAGCUCCGAUCGCUCAAGGCCAAGUUCGUGUCUCUGAAGAGGGACUCCGGCCAUGUCACCACCAAGAACCUCCCGGGGCUGAUGAAGAAGCUCAGGGGACUUCACGAAGUGGUCCCUGAGGAGGAGAUCGCCGCCUUCUUGUCGGAGUCGUACCCUGACAGCGACCAGGAGAUUGAGUUCGAGUCCUUCCUCCGGGAGUACCUGAAUCUGCAAGCAAGGGUGAGCGCCAAGGAAGGAAGCGCCGCUGCCGGCGGCGGCGGGGCUGGCGGCCGCAAGAACUCGUCGUCGUUCCUCAAAUCCACCAUCACUACGCUGCUGCACAAUCUCAACCAGGCGGAGAAGUCUUCUUACGUGGCGCAUAUUAACACUUACCUUGGUGAAGACCCAUUCUUGAAGAAGUACUUGCCAAUCGACCCAUCCGGCAACCAGCUAUUCGAUCUUAUUCGGGAUGGUGUCCUGCUCUGUAAGUUGAUCAAUGUAGCUGUACCUGGGACCAUUGAUGAGAGAGCAAUAAAUAAGAAAAGAGUUCUUAACCCAUGGGAGAGGAAUGAAAACCACACACUGUGCCUCAACUCUGCAAAGGCCAUUGGAUGUACUGUUGUCAACAUUGGCACCCAGGAUUUAGUGGAAGGAAGGCCUCAUUUAGUUCUUGGAUUGAUAUCUCAAAUCAUAAAGAUUCAACUUUUGGCUGAUCUUAAUCUUAAGAAGACACCCCAGCUUGUGGAAUUGUUUGAUGACAGUAAGGAUAUAGAUGAAGUGUUGAGCUUGUCACCAGAAAAGAUGCUGCUUCGAUGGAUGAACCAUCAUCUGAAAAAGGCUGGCUACAAGAAAACUGUCAACAAUUUCUCUUCGGAUGUGAAGGAUGGUGAAGCCUAUGCUUAUCUUCUAAAAGCUCUUGCUCCAGAGACUUCCCCUGAAACCACACUGGUGACCAAGGAUCCUGAUGAAAGGGCAAAAAUGGUACUUGAACAAGCAGAGAAGUUGGACUGCAAAAGAUACCUUACACCAAAGGAUAUCACUGAGGGUUCUGCCAACUUGAAUCUUGCAUUUGUUGCACAAAUAUUCCAGCAUCGGAAUGGUCUAACUAGUGACAUUAAACAAGUUACACUCACACAGACAGCAUCACGUGAUGAUGUUCUAGUAUCCAGAGAAGAAAGGGCCUUCCGAAUGUGGAUCAACAGCCUUGGGGUCGAGUCAUACGUGAAUAAUGUUUUUGAAGAUGUUCGCAAUGGAUGGGUACUUCUUGAAGUACUUGACAAAGUUUCUCCUGGAUCUGUCAAUUGGAAGUUGGCAUCAAAACCUCCAAUUAAGUUGCCAUUUAGGAAACUGGAGAACUGCAAUCAAGUUGUAAAAAUUGGGAAGGAGUUAAAGUUUUCAUUAGUAAAUUUAGCUGGGAAUGAUAUUGUUCAGGGAAAUAAGAAAUUGAUAGUUGCACUUCUGUGGCAAUUGAUGAGAUUUAAUAUCCUUCAAUUGCUAAACAGACUGAGAUCCCACUCCAAAGGAUCCCAAGGAAAGCAAAUUACUGAUGCAGAUAUACUGAACUGGGCAAACAGCAAAGUGAAAGCAUCAGGAAGAACAUCUCGAAUGGAAAGCUUCAAGGAUAAGAGUUUAUCAAAUGGAGUGUUCUUCCUCGAACUUCUUAGUGCAGUUCAGCCAAGGGUUGUGAACUGGAAAGUAGUUACAAAGGGAGAAGCUGACGAGGAAAAGAAGCUAAAUGCUACCUACAUCAUUAGUGUUGCAAGAAAGCUCGGAUGUUCUGUGUUUCUACUGCCAGAGGACAUUAUAGAGGUGAACCAGAAGAUGAUCCUAACUCUUACAGCUAGCAUCAUGUAUUGGAGCCUGCUGAGACAACCACAGCCUGAAAUAUCUGAAGCAUCAGAGCCAUCUAGCAUGGCUUCGGACGCAACUUCUGACAUUGGCUCGGAGGAUGGUGCCUCAACAGCAGCACCGUCCGAGAGCGAAGAGGCAAACUCACUGUCCGAUAGUCUAUCCACCCUGACCACAGACGACGCCACCUCAAAUGCUCCAGCUGCAGAAAACGGGAGCGACACCACCUCGAAUGCUCCAGCUGCAGAAAACGGGACCGGCGCCACCCCAGAUGCUCCACCUGCAGAAAACGGGAACAACGCCACCCCAGAUGCUCCACCUGCAGAAAACGGGAACGACGCCACAUGAUCCUGAUGGUUAUAUUUUCAUCCGUAGCACUGUCCAUCAAUUAGCUUUAUAUACAAGGGUUGGUACCAAAAGUUGCUGCUGCUACCAGAAGUGAUUUUUUCUCUUUUCAGGUAGCAUAAUAGGUACACACCAUCAUACAGAUAGAUCGUAGCCGCCGUUUGUUCAUUAAGUUAAAUUUUGCUGAAUAGUAAGUACUAUACGGGAGAAAGAGAGAGAAAUACAGACACAUACAUAUAGUAGGCCGCCGGUUGGUUUGGUUGGCUGGCCAUUUCCUGUACACUCUUUAGUGCACAGCUCCAUUGCUCAACUCGUGCCUUGUCGGUCCGUCCAUGUGCUCCGUAUUUUUUUUCCUUCCAGUUUGCUGUACUGCUUGGACCAUUAUCGUUUUUGUACCAAACUGUCGUCGCUGCUGUGGAGUGUGGACCAUGCAUGGUGAGCUGUACAUAAACAUGUUGAUUUCUGGCAUGCCAA